CGGUGUGUGUGUGUGUGUGUGUGUUAGCUCGCAGGGUGCGCAGUGUGUGUGUGUGUGUGUGUGUUAGCUCGCAGGGUGCGCAGUGUGUGUGUGUGUGUGUGUGUGUGUGUGUCAGCAGGUUAUAACACAGUCUGUCGUCGGGAUGAACGCCGCGCUGCGCUCCGUGCGCUGCCGCACACACUCACUGAGAACAUGGCGAGCCCUCCAUGCCGGCUCCUCUCUCUGGACGUUCAACAUGAGGAAGGUGGAGCUCACUCCUCUGGAGCAGCGUAAGCUCACCUUCGACUCUCACGCCGUGGUGACGGAGCUGGAGAAGAGCGGCUUUGAGAAGCAGCAGGCAGAGAUCAUCGUCUCUGCCCUGGUGACUCUGACCACGGCCAACAUGGACAUUGUGUACAAGGACAUGGUGACAUCAUCACACCAGGAGAUCGCUCUGCAGCAGAUCAUGGCUCACCUGGACUCCAUCAGGAAGGACAUGGUGAUCCUGGAGAAGAGCGAGUUCGCCAACCUGCGCUCGGAAAACGCCAAGAUGAAGCGCGAGCUGGACCAGCUGAAGAACAGACUGAUGGAGGAGAGCCAGAGGAUCAGAGCCGAGGCCAAACUGGACAUCAACCUGGAGAGCAGCAGGAUGUCCGACAUGUUCACGGAGCAGGAGAAGAAGCUGAUGGAGGCGAGCAGCGAGUUUCACCGGAAGCGGGCGGAGAUCGAGCACGACAACAUGGAGACCAACCGGAAGAUCGACCUGCAGGUGGCGUCGCUCAAAACCAUCCUGGAGUCUCUGAAGCUGGAGACCAUCCGCUACCUGGCAGCGACGGUGUUUUCCUGCCUGGCCAUCGCUCUCGGCUUCUACCGGCUGUGGAGGUGAAGGAGCCCAGAGCGCCGCGGCACCGACGUUCAAACCUCCAGCCGAUCAGCCAGCCCACGCAUCACCAAUCACUUCUAAUAUUGAUAGUCAUUGAAAGGUUUUUGAUUUUAUCCAGUGGAAACACCAACAGAGCUGCUUGGUCUGGUUUUACAUGCCGUACCUGUUGGCCUGAAGGAGACUCUGGAUUUAUUUUUCACGCUUCAUACACAAAAUGAUUCAUUCAGAUAAUAACAGACAGUGGACCGGUGCGGCUCUAAUGUUCAGUGAUGCUGGCUGGGCUGCAAUGAAACGCAAAGAAACAACAAAACAAAAACCUCAGCCGACCUUUGAUUUGUUUCAUCUUUUAAACCAAAAGCACAUCGUCAGCUCGGCUGCAGGUUUGGCUCCUUUCCAUCAUUUUUUAAUUCUUUUAAAGUGGCAGACAUCUUUAUUAUUAUUACUGGUCAUCCCUGAAGAGGCUAAUUAAAACAACACUUGACCUAAAAACCGCGUGGAGCCUGAACCUGCAGAGCUCACGCAGUUUAAACCUCCGGGGAGUCGGAAUCCUAUGAAGUGCAUCGAGGCGUCUUGUACUUCCUGUCACAAAACGUCCCUGUUCACCGAUUGGCCUCCAUCAGGGCGGUGGCAGCAAGCGCAGAUGGGCGGAGUUGACCGUUGUGUGUAGCACAAGGCAUUAUGGGAAUUUGAGUGUUGACAAUUCUGCAAUCCUAAAACGUGGAAGUAUGAGUCUUGCAAAGUAAUAACAUUUUAGAUAAUAAUAAUAAAAUAAGAUUUUUUAACCUGCUUUUUAAAUUUUUGUUUUAUUGUAAAGUCACAAAAAUGAAACGUUUGUUUGUUAAACAUGUAUGUUAUAUUUCCAUUAUAUAAACAACAAACAUAAACAAUAUGUUGUUAUUCAAGGGAGUAAAUUGUCUCUGUCUAACAAAGAGGUGUACCCCAGGGGUCGAUGCUGGGUCCACUACUUUUCUUUAUUUUUAUUAAUGAUCUCUCUUUAAUCUGCUCUAAUUCCUCUGUACAGCCAUAUGCAGAUGAUACUCAUUUAUACUUCUAAACCUCAUUUACUGCAAAUCCAAACUGCCCUCCAAUCUGAUUUCAAUACCUUACAAAACUCUUAUCUAGUAAAUUAUUGCUGAGAAAAACAAAAUAUUACAUCAUGACCCUUGGAUCAAGACGUGGCCUUAAAACAAAAUGUAAUGAUCCGAUAAUAAAGUGUCAUGAUGGUCCUGAUCAAAUUAAAUACUCGGGUUUGAACUUACAUUCAAGCCUCACAUUAAUUCUGGUCUCUGUAAAAUGUUUUGGAGCCAGCGUGUUAGUCAGAUCCAGAAACCGUUUUACUCUCCGGAUGUGAAAGAAACCUGCCUCACAGCUGCCAUGUUUUCACUCUGCUGAUGUUGUUUAUCAAAAUGCAUCUAAAACUAACCUUGGAGCCCCUCAUACUCGAGGAUGUUGCUGCAGAAAUCCACGUUGUGUGAUGCAGAACUCGGCCUCGGCUCGGUGUAGGAAGACACUCAGCGGCUUCAGUUCCUCUUCAGAUGUGGACAUUUGAACUCUGCUCAUGAUCUGCAGCAGGUUUUGGCGCCAUAUUCAUCCAAAUAUGAACUGAGAACAUUCAUGAGGCGUUCCUCUGUUCCACUCCUUCAGUCAGAAGAACAGCUGGAGAAUGAGCUGUUAUGUUUGAGGCUCCUUCAGUCUGGAAUUUCUCACCUUCACACGUCAUUUCACAGCUUUAAAAAUAGUCUGUCUUCUUAUUUUGACAUUAAUUGUGCAUGUUUUAGAUGAUGCUAUCUAUAUACAACAUAAAAUUCAGAGUGUGUUCUAUAUUAUUUAGUCUAUUUUUGCCAAGCUUUGCACGACGUGUUCAUGGCCUCUCUGUGGCCCUCUAGUGGUCGCCUUCAUCUCUCUGAUGGCUGUGAGUUGGUUCUCUCAGUUCUGUUGUGUUUAUUGAAUUAUUGUUGUGUUUUUGUCUUUUCUGUCACUUUAAAAGUCUCUGUUUUGUUUCUUGUCUUUGGCUUUGGCUCGCAGUGUGUGUCAGGACCCCGUCGAAAACCAGGGGGUUCAUAUCCUGAUGAAUAAACUUAAUGUCAUCAUUCA